ACCUCUCUUUCUUUCUUUGAGUUCUGUGCUUCAAACUAUCUUCAAGGAUUUGUGAUGUGUUCUGUAAAUUACGGUUCUUGCUGCUGUGUAUCGCUGCCAUGACAGAAAAAGAAAAACGGAUCAGUUUCACGUUAAAAUGUGAAAAGUUUAUUGUUACAGUGAGGUUUUUUCACGUUAUAACAAGAUAUUUUCAUGUUAUCACGACAUACAAACUUAUCACGUUAUAAGAAUAUACUAUUUAUCUUGUUAUAACGUAUAAGAUAAAGAGUAUAUUAUUAGUCUCAUAUCAUUUAUGGUUCUUAAACAUUUCUAGUGCAUAUACUGUGUGCACUGUAUUUAGUGUUAGAUGUUAUCCCAUCACAAAGUCUAAUGCACACUUUGCCUACCUAACUGAAAUGGCAUGUGUGUACAUUGCAGUGACACUCACAGGUUUGAAACACAAGCUCACAGCUCAGAGGAGGGACAAUUUAACUUUCAAUUUCGAUUUCAAUCAGGAAAACAUGGAGUCCGUCUGAUGUAUGAUUGUUUAAACCAAACGCGUCAGAAACAGUUUUAGAGCUGCAAAGAAAAGUCUCCAACAACUAGAAAACAACAUAAAACCGGGACUGCUCGACGUUUCGGUGUACUCCCCGGACAGAAAGAUACGGUCGUUGUUGUCGUUACCGGAGUCUCUGCAGCGCUUCAGCAUGUUGGAAGAAACGGGGCCAGAGUGGUUGUCCGAGGAGGUGAAAACCGGAACAACCAUCAUUGCCGUCGAAUAUAAUGGAGGGGUCGUGCUGGGGUCUGAUUCCCGGGUGUCUGCAGGGGCAUCGGUGGUGAACAGGGUGAUGAACAAGCUGUCUCCCCUCCACGACAAGAUCUACUGUGCUCUGUCAGGCUCUGCAGCAGACGCUCAGACCAUCGCUGAGAUGGUCAACUACCAGCUAGACGUUCACAGUAUUGAGAUAGGUGAGGACCCCCAGGUUCGCUCAGCUGCCACUCUGGUGAAGAACAUCUCGUACAAGUACAAGGAGGAGCUGUCAGCACAUCUCAUCGUGGCCGGCUGGGACAGAAGAGAUGGAGGGCAGGUGUUUGCAACCCUGAAUGGUCUCCUGACAAGGCAACCUUUUGCAGUUGGUGGCUCUGGCAGCUCAUAUGUUUAUGGGUUUGUUGAUGCUGAGUUUCGCAGGGCCAUGAGCAAGGAGGAGUGCCAGCAGUUGGUUGUCAACACUCUCUCUUUGGCAAUGAACCGUGAUGGCUCCAGUGGUGGCGUGGCCUAUGUUGUCACCAUCGAUAACCACAGCGCAGAGGAGAAAGUCAUUCUAGGAAAUGACUUACCCACCUUCUUUGAUCAGUGAUCAACAUAUUGUUUUUUCUGUAGUCUGCCAAGACACUGUUGUGCAGGAUGCAUUUAUGUAUUUGUUUUGCUCACAAGAGCCAUUAUACACACACUAUUCAACUGUAAACUAAUUCAGCUUGUAAACUGAAAAAUAUUGGACAAGAAUACUUUUACUAAUAAUUUCAAUAAAAGGAAAAAAUCCUUGCAUUGCUCUAUAAUUACCAAAGCUAUUUCAAGUGUAAUAUCAGGCAGCCUUUGUGUGAGUGUAAUCUAAAAGAUCAUCAGAUACAGCUGAUCAAGUUUGUAGCUCAUCAUUAGAGACUUUGAAUCAUAACAAAGAAGAAGCUGACAGCAGGUAACAUUUACUGAUUUAUCUGCCAAGGAAAAACUACUGAGACUAGGUUUUUCAUUUCAGCCCCUGCAUGUAAUUCGAACAAGAGGGAUGACAUGGAAAUGUCCCUGUGUCUAUCAAAUGGACUGUUUCUCUAGCCAUCAGGUCAUCUGAGGCCACUUCCUUCUCUUAAACGUGCUCAUCAUUCAUGUCAGUGAGGCUGCCACAUGACAAUAGUACAAACGAUUUAUGUUUUAAUGGUCCUGACUGAGUGGCAGAGUAAAUACAAGUUAAUUUACCAACUUUUGACAAAACCUGCAGAACCCCUGACAUCCCUGUAGUCUCUAGUCCCACAGAAACACUCCCACACUUUCUCUCUAACAUUAGCAGCAGCAGUUGUCUGUGUGAGGUAUUCAGUCUGACAAACAAAUCUCCCAAAAGUGAAAGCCAAAUUUGUUGCACCACCAGAGGAUUAUGUCAUCCUUUCUCUGCACUUGACAGUAGUGUUUUUCAUCCCAGUAUUAAGACUACAUCAAGAUGCCUGGUUGAUGGUUGGUCACCUGCCUACAUGAUUCAGACUGGACAUAAUUAAAUACUUAAAUGUGCAUGCAUUUCACAGUGGGUGCACUCACAAUGAGACCCACACAUGCUUUAAUGUCAAGUAUGUGAAAUUUAAAAUAAAAUAAAAGCCCCGUGUUGGAAGGUU